AUGGCGGAUGGUGAUUCUCAGAGUUGGGAAUCCACCUUCUCUGGAUAUUCAGCAAAUACAAAGUACGACCCAUAUCAAAUUAAAGCAGAAAUAGCAAGUCGUCGGGAUAGGCUUUCCAGAUUAAAACGAGAGCUGACCCAGAUGAAGCAAGAACUGCAGUACAAGGAGAAGGGGGUGGAGACCCUGCAAGAGAUUGAUCGUAAGAUGUCAAGUGCUCACACCAACUACAAACUGGAUGAGGCCCAGGCGAUAAUGAGUGAGCUCCGGACCAUCAAGAAAGCCAUUUGCACAGGAGAGAAGGAGAGGCGGGACCUGAUGCAGAGCCUGGCCAAGCUGACCGAUGGCUUCAAGAACAGCUUUUCUCUUAGCGAUCCUCCGCAAGAGUUCCCUCACAAUCCAGUUGUGCUUGGCGGUUCUUUACCUCAACAGUUCUGCGAUGCUGGGUCUCAGACUGACAUCAUUGGAGAGUUUGUCUUUGAUGAUAAAACAAGACUUGUAGACCGAGUCAGGCUUAAUUGGCAGUAUGAGGAAGCCAGAAAGAGAGUGUCGACGAUUCAGCAGCAGCUGGCCCAGCUUGAUAACGAGUCGUGGCCGGGCCUGGCCGAGGCCGACAGGGACCGGCUGCAGCUCCUCAAGGAGAAGGAAGCCCUGCUUCAAGAGCUGCAGCUCAUCAUUCAGCAGAGAAGGCCGGUGGAAGACGUGGCCCGGCUGGAGGAGGAAAGGAGGCGCCUGGAGGAGGAGAUCCAGCGAGCCAGGGCCACGUCGGUGCAGGGCGCCACGGAAAGGAUUCUACUUCAAGAAAAAAGAAAUUGUCUACUUAUGCAGCUGGAAGAAGCUACCCGCCUAACGUCCUAUCUCCAGUCCCAGUUAAAAAGCCUGUCCGCCAGCACCCUGACUGUGUCUUCGGGGAGCAGCCGCGGGUCCCUGGCCUCCAGCCGGGGCUCGCUCGCCUCCAGCCGCGGGUCCUUGAGCUCUGUCAGCUUCACCGACAUCUACGGCGUCCCGCAGUACGAGAAACCCGACGCCGAGUGUGGCCAGCUUCUGCGCUUCGAUCUCAUUCCCUUCGACUCCCUGGGACGAGAUGCCCCCUUCUUAGAUUCCCCGGUCCCCUCGGGCUUCCACAAGCAGAGGCGCUCCCUGGACACGCCGCAGUCCCUGGCAUCCCUGUCCUCCCGCUCCUCCUUGUCCUCUCUGUCUCCCCCGAGCUCGCCCUUGGACACGCCCUUCCUCCCGGCCUCGCGCGACUCCCCCUUGGCCCAACUGGGGGACAGUUUCGAGGUGCCCGGCCUGGGCGCCCUCGACAGACUGCGGGCUCAGGCCUGUGCUUUGGGGGACGAAGACUUGCAGGGCACGGCAUCCCUUCAGCCGCACGGGUUCCCCGGGGAUGGGGAAGGACCUCGCGAGCGCGGACCCCAAGUGACCGCCGCUCCCACGGCUGCAACAGUGACUCUUCGAGAAGACAGUGCCAAGAGGUUGGAGAGGAGAGCGCGCCGAGUGUCUGCAUGCCUGUCGGAUUAUUCGCUAGCCAGCGAUAGCGGGGUAUUUGAGCCUCCGACCAAAAGGAGUGAGGAUACUGACGAGUCUGCACACGGAGACGCUUGUGGGAAUGAAGGGCCCCAGAUCCACGUUGGAUUUUUGCUCGACAGCGCCAGUGAGUGUCUUCUUGUGAACGUGCUCCAACUGAAGAAUUUUGCGGGGCUGGUCAUGAAGGAAGACUGCAAGAUACACAUCCGCGUCUAUUUGCCGCCGAUCGACUCUGGCACCCCAAACACUUACUGCUCUAAGGCUCUGGAAUUCCAGGCCCCCCUGGUAUUUAAUGAAAUUUUCAGAAUCCCUGUGCAUUCAAGCAUGUUGACGUUGAAGUCACUUCAAUUAUAUAUAUGUUCAGUGAAUCAGCAGCUGCAGGAAGAACUGCUGGGCAUUGCUCAGAUCAACCUGGCCGACUACGACGGGUCCAGCGAGAUGGAGCUGCGCUGGUACGCGGUGCAGGUGUUCAGCAGCUGCGGGCCGCCCAGGGCGAGGGAGAGCGAGCGGCCAGGGGGUGCCGCCAGGGACCCCGCACCAGCUGCCGCCGUGGGAAAGACGGACGCGGUGACGGCGCUGCUGGCCAGAACCACAGCCCAGCUGCAGGCCGUGGAGCGCGAGCUGGCCGAGGAGCGGGUGAAGCUGGAGUACACGGAGGACGAGGUCCUCGAGAUGGAGCGGAAGGAGGAGCUCGCCGAGGCCGUGUCCGAGAGGUACCCGAAGCGGCCCGUCGAUAAAGAAACCAACACAGAAGAUGUCUUCCCAGAAGAAGUAGCGAGUCUUCCGAAGGAGAGGCCCAGCCGCAGGGCUCGCGGGUCGCCUUUCGUUCGGAGUAGCACAAUUGUGCGUUCGCAGACCUUCUCCCCUGGGGCACGAAGCCAGUACGUUUGCAGACUUUAUCGUAGUGACAGCGACAGUUCGACGCUGCCCCGGAAGUCCCCGUUUGUCCGAAACACCCUGGAAAGACGGACCCUCCGCUAUAAGCAGCCCUGCAGGUCCUCCCUGGCCGAGCUCAUGGCCCGCACCUCCCUGGACCUGGAGCUGGAUCUCCAGGCCUCCCGAACGCGGCAGAGGCAGCUGAACGAGGAGAUCUGCACCCUGCGUGAACUGAGGCAGCGGUUAGAAGACGCGCAGCUCGGGGGCCAGACGGACCUCCCCCACUGGGUGCUGCGGGACGAGCGAUUCCGGAGCCUGCUGAAGGAAGCAGAGAGGCAGACAAGACAGACCAAACUUGACUUCCAUCAAGAACAGGCAGCUGAGAAGAUGCUGAAGAAGGCCUCCAAAGGGGUCUGCCAACUGCGUGGGCAGAAGCGCAGAGAGCCCAUCCAGGUGCAGACCUUCAGGGAGAAGAUAGCAUUUUUUACAAGACCAAGGAUUAACGUACCUCCUCUGCCUGCCGACGAUGUUUGAUACAGUGCUUUGUACACAUGAAGUAUUUAUCUGCCUGGUUUGUUUUCAUGAAGUUCUUAGACUAGCUAAAUUUGUCCUUAAAAUAUUUGUGCAAAGCUAUUAAUAUACACACUUUGUAAAAAAAACACACAUAUAUCUAUACAUAUAUAUUUUAUAAUAGUGACGGCAACAGGGCUUGGUUUUUCCUUGUUGUGAAAUUGACAUCUCUGAAGACAGGUUAUUUUAUAAAAGAUCAACUAUCGUGUUAAGAGUGUACAGUUUUUACGCUGUUUUAUUUGACUUAAAGGCUGGAAGACAGAAACAAAGUGAGUUCAGGCAAAUUCACUGUAUUGUAAUUUAUUUAUAGUACUUUUUUUUCCUUGAAGGAAAAUACUGACUUUAAGAUGUAUUUUAAGACUAAACUUUUGUGCUUCAGUCCUUGUCAUGCUGUAGAAUGGGACUUUGGGGCCGGUUUUGUUUCUGACACCCAAAACGCAAACACUCUGCUGAAUUCGUCACUCGUAUCAGUUUCCAAUAUGUGUAUUUACCGUGUAUCUUGUACAUGCCGCACUCCGCGUUCGCUUCCGAUCCUGGCCGCGCGUGCGUUGCCGAGCUGUCUCCCGCGCGGACUGCGCACCGACAGCCUCUCCUGUUGUCUUGUGCGUCUUUGUGUGCUCCCUGGGAGUCUGAGGGGGGCCCCCGGGCCUCAGCCGCCUGUCCGGCGUGGCUGGCCACACUGCCUGCCCUCACCAGACCACAGGCAGCCCCCGCUUUGGGUCCGCCCCAUCCGAUCAUGACCAGCGGGGCCGCGUGGAGCUCCUGCACUAUGACUCUGUCAUGAAGGAAAGUGACGAGAACUAGGAGCGCGUGUUUCCAGACAAUCCUUGAGUCCACGGACGGGCGUAGCGCUUAUAACGUAGACGUGAUGGCCUUUGAAGGCGCUUGUUUGUGGAAGGAAGCAGGCAUGCACGGGUAACGGCAGUUACCCAGCGAGUCACUGACAGGAGAGUGUUUGAUUUAAAUCAAACUCCGACCCCCCCAUACUGGAGUCUACCCAGUAUUUCCUAAGAAAUCUUAGAAGUAGUUCUUGAGGGGAAAAGAAAUUCUAUGUAAUAAAAUGUAAUACAAAUAUACCAAUAUCCUUUUAAAAUGUCAAAUGAUCUAAAUAUUUUGCCGAACGCCUAUUUAUUAUAUAUGAAAUGCGCUCUCCCUUCCGAGGCCUCAGACCAGUAAACGAGGUGGGUCACACGAACCGUACAAGAAGACAGAACUCUCUUCCUAGAUCUUUCUGCCCCUCCCUGGGAAAUGCCCACCUUGAAUCAGAGUCUCUCUCUCUCUCUCCUCAUUAGUCUGUAACCGCCCCCUUGUAUAACCUGCCUGCCUUUUUACGUUGUUAAAACUGAAUUUUGUAGAAGCAUUUCAUUGUGAUAGGCACGAGGCCUAUCACAGACAGGGGGUUUGUCCCUGGCGCCGGGACUGAAGACGCCGUGCUCUCACAGCACGCAACCCCAGCUUUCUCUUUGUGCCUCUCUCUAGUCGCGCUGCUUUUUGUUGGCUAAUUUCUCUGGGUACGUAACCCCCAACGGAGGUAGAGAUGCGCCAGGUCCCAGAGCUUGCCAGAACCGGCCCCCCAGCCGAACGCAUUGCCAAGCCGGUGAGGACAAUGGCAGGCCUUCUCUGUGCCCCCAGCUGAUGAUACUUUUAACUCCAAAAAAGAACUGCCAGCAGACUUGGGCAUGUGGAGGGCAAAUCAUGCCCCUCUCAGGCGCCCUGCUCCCUGGCUACGGAAAGGUGCCCGGGAACCAUUGCUUGGUGGCUGCUCCUCAGCACCUGCCACGUGGAGCACUCUCUGCGUGGGAUGGGGGCUCGAGGCAACUUUUCUGCCAACCCCUAGUAGUAGCAACGGGGGGGGGGGCACCCACUGCGCCAAUACAGAAGGCCCUCCACCCAGGGGUUUCAAUUAAUUUCACUGCCCAGUAGAUCUAGGUUUCUGUUUGGGGUGCUUACCCCCCACACCCCAGAGUUUGGUUGUGUGUGUGUGUGAGUUGUUUUUUUUUUUUUUAAAAAAAGCUCUUUGCCCCACCAGAAACAAACAGUCCCUACUCCAGUGGCAGUCCGAAGAGUACUUGGAUUUGCCACCAGAUUGACUUCUAAUUGACUUCUCCCGCCUCCCUGCAAGGGUCUGCCUUUGCACCCAAAUGGGACCAGAGUGAGCAGGAGAGAAAAGCCAGACAGAUGGGGGAGGUAGAGGGUGAUGGGCUCUGUGCUGCUCCCCAGCCGGGCUGACAGGGGCCCGUGGACAGCGACACAGCCGAGCCGGCGGCGGGCAGAAGUCCCAUGAUUGGCUUCUCUCUCCUGACCUGGUUUUGCAGCUUCUUUCUAGUGAAGACUGCCGCCCCCCAGCGAAUAGCCCACACGUCAGAAAGGUGAAGUCCUGUUGUCGGAAGGGCUGUUUCCAUCUUCUGUUUGAAUUUGCCCAUAACCGUGCUUUGGGAUAAGAAAGCUGCCGUUUGACCAGCACUUCCGGCCCAGAGACAAUCCCAAGUCCGCCACCAGGAUUCUUUAGAAGCAGUGCAAUGAGUCAAAGGGAAUUUGGUCUUCACGUCAUCCGAUCACUAAAUUGUCACUGCUGAAAUAAGUAACCUUCUGUUGUGGGAAUAAGUUAUAAUCAGUAUUCAUCUCUGUUUUUGUCACUCUUCCCUAAUUGUGUCAUUUGUAUUGUUUGAAAGUAUUCCUUCUAUAAAAUUAAACUAACCUGCCUUAAGAACAGAA